ACCAAAUUACAAAAUAUGCAUUUGCAAUAAUAAAUAAUAAAAGCUCAUGCUUUUCAGAAUAAUCAAAUGAUAACACCCCCAAAGCUACUGGAGCUUGAAGCGUCCCAUCUCCAUGACAACGCAAAACAACGAGAAGCAAGCGGAUUUAUAUCACGGCCUGCUGCUGAAAAGCUUCUUUGAAACUUUAUUGAAUUUGUUUUUUCAUUUACAUCUGUGCUGUGUUAUAUUAUUAUUACAAGUUGUGCGUGUCUACUGACACCUUCUAACAACCGUAUUUUCCUAACCUUAUCCUCGCAAGGUGUCUCGUCCAACAGGGCUUCCUCUCAGCGACAGAAAAUAUGGAAAGUCCUCGUGUUGGUGUGGUGAGAGAGUCUAUGCUGCAUCGUCCUCUUCUUAUUAAGCCUACACUCGGAAAGACCAAGUCAAGAGGUUUGUCCUGCCCAGGAUCCGACUUUGUUUAUGGGACAGCAACUACAGUACAUGAUGGAGGAGUGCCAGAGGCUAUCUCCAACUGGCAAACGCACACUAUGUCUACCAGACACAGGACGGCGGAGAGGGAUUUCAUCGCUCUUAACCGCGAGGGGGUCAAGUCAGGCCUGGUUACUGCCAAAGAGCUGCACCAGUACCGUGCCACCCAUGACAUCCGCCGCCAGCCAGCGACCAGAGAGGCCUUUCGUAGGUCUGCCCCACCCCGCAUAACAACAGAUGCUUCGUUUGGUGUUUCUAACAGACCAUCUACUCCAAUCUCAGAGCUCAUGGAGUAUAAAUAUGCUCAGAGAUGGCUGGAGGAGCAGCAGGCCAGGGACAGAGUCCUACGAGCACAUCACCACAAGAAGGCUCAGCUUGGGCGUAUCCAGGACACGCGGACAACUCUGCUUCGCAAGAGUCUGCCCUUACCCGAGGCUCCAUCCAUGUGGAAACUGCCUCGGUUUCAGCAGGUGGGACCAGCUCUGGACACCUUUCGAGAUCCCGAAGCCCGCAAGAAAGCUAUGAUUGCCCACCACUCAGAAUCUGCAAGCAGGAGAGGGAUUCUGGGUCAAGGCACAUACACAGUGGAUUGACAUAGCUUGUAAUUAUUAAAUGUACAUCUCAGUGCAUCUGCUUGUCAGGCUUCUCUUUGAUGUAUUAAUCUUUCA